UUGAUUUCUGCACCAGUGAAAGACUUCAUUGUGUGUGUCACCAAAGACAAAAUGAGUGAACACCAGGAAACUGAUGGAAAGCCCACCGAAGAGCAGGUGAAGAACGAGGAAGCAGAGGAGGAGAAGGAAGAGAAGAAGGAGGAGGGGGAGGAGGGGGAGGAGGGGGAGGAGGGGGAGGAGACGGCUUCUAGUGAUUCAGGCUCAGGUUCAGAUGAGGAAGGAGGAGGGGAUGGAAAGGGAAAAAAGAAGGGUCAUGGGAAGAAACGACGAGGAGGACGGGGAAAGAAGGAGAAAAAAGAGAAAAGAGAAAAAGACUACAGACAUGCUUGAAUCUUGUCCUUGUUGAUGAUAAUGUAAAGAAAGGAACACAAAAUCUUGAAUAAACUAAUCUUGUAAAAUGACAACAGCUUUUUCCAUUAUUCACAAAAAUAAAAAUGUGUAGCA